CCUCUCCUACAUUCCACCGGCCAACAACGCACAGCAAAGCCGUCACAUCACAGGCUAAAAAGAAAUCCCCGAAUACUCGCGAAUUCCAAAUUCCUCAUCCUCUCUCCCCUCCUCCUCGUCGUCCCCCUCCUCCGCCGCCGCCGCCGCCACCGCCGAUGGCUGCCUCCUCCUCCUCCUCCUCUUCUGCUGCCAAAUCCCUCUUCCAGUCCCUUAAGAGGUUCUUCAAGGCGCCCUGGGAGAUCACCGGCCCCUGCGCCGAUCCCGAGUACCGGACCGCCCUCCCCAAAGCCACCGAGUAUCGCCGCUUCUCCCCCGCCACCGCCCCGGCCAAGGUCUGCGUCCCCACCUCGGAACCCGAGACCGUCUUCGACAUCAAGUACUACACCCGCGACCGCCGCCGUGACCGGCCACCCGUCCAUCGCACCGUGCUGAAGAAGGCCGACGUCGAGAAGAUGAUGGCCGAGAAGACCUUCGGCGCCACCGACUUCCCGCCAGUGUACCUUACCGAGCGGGUCCAGGAGGACGAGAACACCAGGGGAGGCGGGUACCAGAAAUAGGUCAUGGUGCUGUCAGAUUGUACCCAUGCAAAUAGGUGUUGCAUGCUCAUGGGUUUUAUCUGAGUAGUGCUUUCUCAUCGCGAUGUUUUCUGGCUGCCUUUGGUUAUGUUCCUAAGGCUCUUCUGUUUUAUUUGCUUUCCAAACCAGCUGAUGGAUGGUGGAAAAAUAAAGAAUGUAACUCAUUCCAUUUGAAUCACUUGUAAACUUCUCCAAUUAUAACAUGUGGUUGAUAUUUCAUUAAAGAUUCUAUUGUUCUAUAACAUGUACUGAAACUUCAUUUAAAUUUCACCUUUCUUUAA